AGCCAAGAUCUGUGCGGAUUGCAUAAAAUGCAGACACAGCAGCAGCAGCAGCAACAACUGCAACCGCAUUUAGCCCAGUUUUCUGAGCAAAUAUUUUCCAAGAGCUAACGACAAAAAUCUCACACUAAAUCUUAGCGCUAUUUCUUCCUCCUCGUCGUUGUCGUCGCGUUUAACUGAAAUAACAAUAACAACACCAGCAACAAGGAGAGCAGCAGCAGCAGCAGCAACAGCAACAGCAGCAGCAGCAACACCAUUGCCAGCAGCAAGAUCUAGCCCAAAGGAGCCUUGUAUUGCCACCUCGAGCAGCAAAAAGCCGCCAAAAUGCUUCCGUUCCGGCGUGGAGCGGCCUGGCAAACGCUCUUCCUGCUCUGCGCUCUCGCCUAUUGCAUAAACGAAGCCAGCAGCGAGGGGCGCGUGGUCUGCUACUACACAAACUGGAGUGUCUAUCGGCCGGGCACCGCCAAGUUCAAUCCGCAGAACAUCAAUCCGUACCUGUGCACCCACUUGGUGUACGCCUUCGGGGGCUUCACCAAGGACAACCAGAUGAAGCCCUUCGACAAGUACCAGGACAUUGAGCAGGGUGGCUAUGCCAAGUUCACUGGACUCAAAACGUACAACAAGCAGCUGAAGACCAUGAUUGCCAUCGGCGGCUGGAACGAGGCCAGUUCCAGAUUUUCGCCACUGGUGGCCAGCAGCGAGCGGCGCCAGCAGUUCAUCAAGAACAUCCUGAAGUUCCUGCGACAGAACCACUUCGAUGGCAUCGACCUGGACUGGGAGUACCCGGCGCAUCGCGAGGGCGGCAAGUCCCGCGAUCGGGACAACUACGCCCAGUUUGUCCAGGAGCUGAGGGCCGAGUUCGAGAGGGAGGCGGAGAAGACCGGACGCACCCGACUCCUCCUCACCAUGGCCGUGCCCGCUGGCAUCGAGUACAUCGACAAGGGCUACGAUGUGCCCAAGCUGAACAAGUAUCUGGAUUGGUUCAACGUGCUGACCUACGAUUUCCACUCAUCCCACGAGCCAUCGGUCAACCACCAUGCUCCGCUCUACUCGCUGGAGGAGGACUCCGAGUACAACUACGAUGCCGAGUUAAAUAUUGACUACUCCAUCAAAUACUACCUGAAAGCGGGUGCAGAUCGGGACAAGCUGGUUCUGGGCAUACCCACCUACGGUCGGUCCUACACCUUGAUCAACGAGGAGAGCACCGAGCUGGGAGCACCUUCGGAGGGUCCGGGAGAGCAGGGUGAUGCCACUCGCGAGAAGGGAUACCUGGCCUACUAUGAGAUCUGUCAGACCCUGAAGGACGAUCCCGAGUGGACUGUGGUGCAGCCGAAUGCCAAUGUGAUGGGUCCCUAUGCCUACAGGCGCAACCAGUGGGUGGGCUACGACGACGAGGCCAUCGUGCGCAAGAAGGCAGAGUAUGUGGUGGCCCAGGGACUGGGUGGCAUCAUGUUCUGGGCCAUCGACAACGACGACUUCCGCGGCACCUGCAACGGAAAGCCAUAUCCCCUCAUCGAGGCUGCUAAAGAGGCCAUGGUGGAGGCGCUGGGUCUGGGCAUCAACGAGGUGGCCAAGCCAAGUGGUCCGCAGAAACCCUCAAGAUCUCGCAGUCGCGAUAAUGCCAGCACCAGGAACCGUCUAAAUGGCAAGACCGAAGCUCCAGCCAGCUCCAGGCGGCCCAGUGCCACCAGGAGGCCAGCCGUGAGCUCUACUACCCAAGUACCACCGCCGAGCACCACCUUCAAGCUGACAGAAGCCGAGGGAUCCUCCCUUUACAUUGGAGGCAGGGCGUCCACCACGCCACCACCUCCAACGACUCCGGAUCCGGGCUCGGACUUCAAGUGCGAGGAGGAGGGCUUUUUCCAGCAUCCCAGGGAUUGUAAGAAGUACUACUGGUGUCUGGAUAGCGGACCAUCGGGUCUGGGAAUCGUGGCUCACAUGUUCACUUGUCCAUCGGGUCUCUACUUCAAUCCGGCCGCCGAUUCGUGCGACUUUGCCCGCAAUGUGCCCUGCAAGACCAAGAAAUCCACCACAGUGGCACCAGUGACCUCCACAGCCCCGACCACCACCACAGUGCGUUCGAAUCGAGUAACAGCUGCUCCCACGGCUCGUCCUGUGUAUCCACGAACCACCACCAGCACCACCACAAGCACCACGACCACCACCACGACAACGCCAGCCACUGUUGAUGAAGACCUCGAGUACGAAGAGGACACCGAUGAGCUGUCGCCCAGCAAGUCCACCGAUGCUGAGGAAGAUCCACAGGUGAUCAAGGAGUUGAUCGACCUAAUUCGCAAAGUGGGUGGUGUCGAGCAGCUGGAGAAGCAUCUGUUGCGCAACAAGGAUGGAUCGAUUACCCUAAAGGAGAACUCAGCCAGUGGUGCAGCCACCACACCCUCGACCAUUAGCAAAUCCCUGUACGACCGUGUGCUGAGUCGACCUGGAACUUUGAGUUCCUUCACACGCAAUCGUUUUAAGAUUAGUGAAGCCACGGAGACGAGCACGGAGGCCACUGCCUCGAGCAGUGGUUCUUCGAGUGGUUCAUCAAGUGGCACCGCUAAUAGCUAUUCCAAAUACUCCUCAGUUCUGAGGGGCAACAGCCGCCAGGGACCACAAAACGAGGGCAUUGAGAAGUUGGCCGAAUUCGAUGGUUUCUUGAAGGAACGCAAACAGUAUGUGACCAUUAAUCGUCAUCGGUCUGCGAGUCAGGGUGAUGAGGAGGAGCAUGCAGAUCAGCAGGAGGAGGAAGAGAAUCUGGCCGUGGUCGAGACAACCACCCGUCGUCCAUUGAGCUCAGUAACGCCUUCGUACACAAGUCUCCGACGCACAAGACCCCCCACUGUGGCUCCUCCAGAAGAAGAAUCCCACGAGGAAGCGGCGGAACAACAAACCCAGACUCAGGUCAAAUCCUAUGCCACCUUAAGUCGCACGCGAGGACGCACCACCGCACCACCAGAGGUCACGGAACCGGCACCUAGUUCGACAACCAAUCGUUACAAGUACUUUGAGCGUACGCGACCCACCAAGAGUGCCACUGCCGAGGAUGCCGAAGAUCCCACAGAGGACGAAGAAGAUGAGUACGAGGACGAGCAAAAGGAUAUUGUUACGGUACAAAGCAAACAAACCACAAAUACACGUAAAUAUGCGAGCAUCGGCCGCAGAACAACCACCACCACAACAGCAACACCAGAAACUACAACAACAACAACCACCGGCACUGAGACUGCCAAGGCCAGCACCACCACCAACAACAACUACAACAAGAACCACUACAACAGCAGCAAUAACAACAACAACAAUGUGAAACUGAAUAACCUAAUACCAACAGAAGAGAACAACACAGCAACACCCAGCACUACCGCCCAAUCCGAAACUACCACCACCACAACUAACGAAACCACUGAACCAAAUGAAAGCACCUCCACCACCACCAUCACAUCCUUAACUAAUAACCUGCAUAUCACCACCACACCCACACCAAUUGCAGCCUCCACUAUCCCAACAACAACCACCUCCAAUGGCAUUAGCUCAGACUCUCUGCUAGCCACCGAGCUGAGUGAAGCCUCACCCACCCAACUUCCUCCCAAUCCCGACGUAGAGACAACAACACCGACAACAACCACCUCAACCACAACGACAACGGAAUCCGAACUGGUCAGCACUACAACCACACCGAAAACAACAACCACCACGGGCAACAACGACCUGAAUGACGUUAACAACGUGGACGAGGACAGUGAGGUAACAAAAACUAAGACCCAAUACAAGUAUGCGACCACCAACCGUCGACGUAUAACCACAACAACCACCACCACCAACAACAACAACAAUGCAGAAGCAGCGAGCGAUGCUAGUCCAACAAACGGUUUGAGUAGUUUAAAUAGCAUUAGAACCAACCCGGGCAGAAGGCAACACCAACCAGAACAGACCCCAACAACAACCACAGAACCAAACCUUUCUAGUCCCCGACCCUUUGGUUAUCCCCGACGUCGCACACGACCCACAGCCAGCACUACCACUUCCACCACAAUUUCCCAAACCGAUAAUAACGAUAACAAUACCGAUAAUAACGAUAACGAAACCGAUGCAGUUGUGAAAGUAGUGAAGAAGACACGACUAUCUCCAGGGGAUAGGCCCAAGGUGAGUGCCAGUCUUCCAACAGCAACAGCAAUCUCCAACUCACGAACAAAAACCUCCUCACUGCACCACCAAGAGUCCCAAGUAGAAGUAGCUGGUAACGGUGGCAAUGAUAGCUUAAGGCAUGAAGUAGUUAGCUCUAGUUUAAGUCAAUCCCAAAACCACAUCGAUACCGACGCCCCACUCAGCACCACUCAGCCGCAUGUCAAGUACACUUGGCGCGGGGUGCGAGGCCCGACAUCGCAGCGCAAAGUGGUUGCCAAUUCUUUAGCGGGCGACGACAAGGACUCCCGACGCUUUGCCGGCAAGCAGUUGAACACCGAAGCAAAUGUGGAAGAUGAUCUCCAGCCGACCACCAAGUUCCGCAGCCGUCGCCUUAAUUCCGCCGAAGAUGAGUCCGAGGUGGCCCUCGAGGUGGCCACCCAAACAACAUCUCAUGGCUCCCGCAGUUACCAGAGCAUCCAACGCUCUGCUACCAAGACCACCACAGAUGACUCUCAAAUCCACUACAAAGCAAUCACUCGCGACUCCGACGGUGGGGCCCAUCUCACCGCAGGACGCAGUUCCAGUUUCGUAAGGAAUCUCGGUGAUGCAGCCAAACCUAUUCAACCACACCGACCGAUAAGCAGGGGAGGACAAAUUGUCGAGAGCACCACCGAAGAUGAAAAUGUAGCUGCUGAGGUAAUCGAUGAUGAAAAGCGGGGUGAGACCAAGGCGCCCGCUGGAAGUGUAAAUACGGAUGAUAGCAACACGGCUACCGAACAGGAGUCUCCCGAAAUUGUUACUGAAGCGGCACCACAACUGGAGAUUACCACUCUGCCCGCAGAAACUUCAGAUGUGAGCAGCUCUUCAGAAGCCACUGUAAGCACCGCUGAGAACAUUAUCAGCAGCACUACAGAAGCCAAUUCCGUCGAUAGAGUAAUUAAAGAAGCUUUAGACACCGAAACUAGAGAGCAGGCCAUAUCCGAGAGCAACAACGAAGAGUCAUCGACAGAAAUCAGCGAAGCUAUCAACACAAGUGCACAAUCUGAAGACCUCAACAGCAGCACCAGUGAAUCGAAUUCGGAAGCUAGUAUCAACGAUAGCUCCAGUGAAUUACCUUCAAGUAGUACAGAACUACCAGAGAGCAGCACUAGCACCACAGUGGUUCCCCAAGAAAUGUCUACGACAGCUGCAGAGAAGCCCACUCGUCGGGCUUUCAACCACUCUGGCUCAACCACAGCUGAAGCUAUGCCAGAAGAGGAAACCACAACUACUGCAAGCCCUAAACGCCGUGUUAUCGUUGGCACCAGAACCAGCACUACGGAAGCAGAAAACGAAAUUCAGAGCACUACUGAAGGAUUAAGACCUCGCGAAAGUCCAAAACGACGCGGCUUCUACAGAACCAGCACCACAGAGGCAUCUAGCAGCACUGCUGAUGCAGAAAACGGAGUGCAGACAACCACCGAAGGUCCAACGCGUCGUUCGGUCUUCAGAACUAGCCCCACUGCGGCAACUAGCAGCACCACCGAAGAACCCAGUAACCCCACCGAACCAGAAGGUGAACUCGAGACAACCACCGAAGGUCCAACACGUCGUCCUUUUUUCAGAACUAGCACCACUGAGGCUCCUAGCAGCACCCCUGAAGCCUUAAGCCCCACUCCUACUGAAGAAAUCGCUAGCAGUUCCUUGGGUGAUGAGGUUGAAGAAGAUGCAUCCACCACUCGUCGUUCGCUUUUCCUCAAGAAGACGCCAAGCACCACAGAAGCUUCAACCACAACAACUACAGAAGAAACCGACGUGAGCAGCUCCACUAGACGUAGCUUCUUCCGCACUAGCAGUACCACAGAGGCAACCACAAGUACAACAACCACCGAAGGGGCUAAGGAGGCUGAAAACGAGAGUGAAGCAACCACUGCCUUGCCACGGCGAAGAGUUAUAGUCAGAGGCAGCUUUAGGCCACGCAAAGAGGGAGACCUAUCCUCUCUUCUAGCGGCAGAUGCCAAUAAAAGAGCCAGAAACAAUCACAGCACCACGAGCACUGAAACGCCUAUUGGUCGUUCGGCUUCCUCCAAGGAAGAGGAAAGCGAGCAACAGGAACCUCAAAGUGCGGAGAGGCUAAACCGUGGUCGGACUUCGUUGAAUGCCGUUCGCAACCGCACAACCACAAAAACCGAAAGCUUAGGCAAUGGAAUCACUCGCACUCGCACCACCUAUGUGCGCACUUUGGACGCAGGGCAAAAGGUUGUGAAGCGCAUCCACACGAAAACCGUGGAGGAGAAACCCGCGGAGUAUGAGUACAUUAUCGAUGAAGUAACCCACCCACCACCGCCCAGCAGCACCCCGCGCACUGUGACCCGUAACCGUGGAUCCGUGCGUUUUGAGAGCAAUGAUCUUUCGUCCCUGCUGGCCCUGGACUUUGCCUCCCGUAGCAACCGAAAGAAGCAGGCCCAGACCGAGACGACGGUGACCAAAACGAGAAGGCGUCUUCUUAAGAAGCCCAAGGAAACCAUCGAGCACGAAGAAGUUGAAGAAUUUGAGUACGAAGCCGGUCACGGAGCUGGUAAUGAUGUGGAGGAGACACCAAGUGCAAGCACAACAGCCAGGACUAUUAUUCGAAGAACCAGACCGACUAGAGGUAGUACGACUACCACGACAACCACUGAAAUACCGAACGAAAUCGAAGCCAGUACUCGCAAGGCUAGCUUCGCCUUUAAGAGGCCCUCGAAAGCUAGUACAACAACUGAAGAACCUACAACUACCUCUACGGAACCAUCCCCCUCAUCAGAAGCCACCACCAGAAGAGUUCUUGCCUUCAGAAGACCUCUGAGCACAACAAGCACUGCGGCUCCAGUUGAAGAAGUGUCUACGGAGGAAGCCACCCCUGCCUCUGUAGAUGUCACCACCAAAAAAAUUCUUUCGUUCAGAAGACCGGUGAGCACAACAACCACUGCAGCGUUAGAAGAAGACGAGUCUACAGAGGAAGCAACCUCUGCCUCUGUAGAAGCCACCACUAGAAGAAUUCUAGCGUUCAAAAGACCCGUCAGCACAACAACUACUGCCGCUUCAAUAGGAGAUGAGUCUGCGGAAAAAGCAACCUCUACUUUCACAAAAGACACCCCCAGAAAAGUUCUUGCCCGCAAAAGACCCGUGAGCACAACGACAACAACACCAGUUACCGUCAAAGAUGACUCUACAGAAGAUCAGUUGGCGGCGGCCAAGCAACAGUUUGUAAAUCGCCUCAAAACCAGCACCACCACGACAACAACCACCACAGAAGCGACCUCAACCACCGAAGAAGAUUUAAGCGAUCUUAAAGUGCAGCUAAGUAACGCCAUAAAUCGUUUGCAGACAGAGAAUAAAUUGGAAAGCCAAACAAUCACCAAGGAAAGUGAAACUUCAGAAGAUGAAGGCGAUGAUAAGCUUUCUUUACCGAUUUACCAUAGAAGAAAGUACUAUCAGUAUGUGAAAGAUUCGCCGAUUACAUACAUUGACAAGUCCCCCGCACCACCAGAUAUUGAAAGUGUAACUGUGAACAUAAAGCAGCAAAUCCAUGAUGUUUUCAAUGUGAGCGAAAAUGAAACACCAAUCAAUUCCCUAGGCGAAGAGGGAGAGAGCGAUGACCAUCGCCUAGCGAUGCAACAGGCCAGGGAAAUCAAUGCCGAACUCGGUCAUUUUUUAUUGAAAACCCCCGGGUCAAAAAAGUCCCAGAGACAGGGCAAAACCUUUAAAACAAUACUACUAGCAGCAGACUCAAGCAACGAGACCUCCAAGAUUGUGAGCUUUUCUCUUCUAGAAGAAAAGGAACGAAGCGAAGAUAAUGCCAGGGCUUUACGCACUUACACCAGACUUAACCGCACCCGAUUGACCCCGUCCACCAGGUUGCAGGAGGAGACUCCAAGUGAACCACUAGAUACAACAACCAGAAGAAGCUAUAGCGUUCCACAGCGCUUCCGUGUUCGCUCGACGACACCCACACCAGCAGCUACGGAAAAUAGUGAAGAGGACGAUGAAGAAAUUAAAGUUAAAUCUCAAGAAGAAUCUCUAGUGUCAAGUGCAACUACCGAAGUACCAUCCAAUAGCUUCAAAAAGUUUCCGACCAGAAGAGUGUUUACCCCCAGAAAACCCGUGAAUGCUGUGGUGGAUUCUCCUAAUACCGACAACGACAACGAGGAAGAGUCAAAGGUGGAAUCAACGACAAGGCGCAUCUUUGCCGGCUUUAACAGAUUAAGAGGCAAGGGAAGUACCACCACAUCCACCGAGGAAGCCAGUGAUUCAACCACCAAGGCAGCACCCACAACUGCGAGAAGCACAAGGCAACCAUAUGUGGGCAUUAAUCGCAGAAUUACGACAACGACAUCCGCAACCACAACAACCACUGAGAAGCCAGAGGAAAAUGAAAUUGAAAACAAUGAAAAUGAUGAAGAGUCAACUACUAUAAGUUCUGAGAAGGAUGUUAACGACGCCAUUGAAGAAAAGAAAGUUGAAGUCAAAGAGACAGAAGAAGAAGUUAAGACGAAAGCUCCCGAAGAGGCGGACGACAGCACUGAAGAGCCCGAGCUGGAAGCCCAUAUAGACGAUGAUAAUGAGAUCCCUCUGCUAGAAAGCGGACUUUCUACAGAAGCGACUACGACAACAACAACGAGUUCUCCGGCAAGCUCCACCACACGUCGUCAUUUGGUAAUUCGUCGCCGUUUUAAUGGCACCAUAACAACAACCACCACGGCCUCCUUAGUUGAUGACGAAAAUCUAGAGAAUGAGAUCGAUCAACAUGAUACGAAGAGUUCAACACCAAAAGCGAUAACUACAACUCCACCAAGGCGGAAACUUUUUAUACGCCGACGCUUUAAUGCGACCGUAACACCACCAACAACAACGACGACCGCAAAUCCCAGUGCCGACAAUGAAAUAGAUCAGGGCGAGCCAGCUAAUGCGGCAACAACAACCACACGACGACCGCCUCUGUCACGUCGCCGGUUUAAUGCGACUUCCAUCAGAACAACCACGUCGGGAUCAACGAACGGCGACGAGAUUAGCACACGUCGUCCGUAUGCGGCCUUGAACCGGUCACGUAAUCGCUUUACAACACCGCGAGCAACAACCACCGACGAUGGGGAAAAUGACGGCGAUGACGGUGAUGAUGACGAUGAGGAAGAAAAUCAGGUGUCACAGGUGACUCCGCCACGUGCCACCUUCCUUCAAACAAACCGCCAUCGAGCUCUGCAACGCACCCCCGAAGAAGAAGAGGAGGACGAGGCUGCAGCGGUGGUUCCGGCACGUAAACCAACCAGCUUUGCAGCUCGUCGCACCACCACAGCACCACUGAGACUUAGCUCCAGCACAAGACGCAAUCUGGUGGCGAUCAAUAGAAAUCUGUACCACAGAGCGGAGGGAUAUAAUGAUCAGGAUGAAGAAGGGGAAGAACCUGAGGAGGAGUACGAUGAAAAUGAGGAAGGCGAGGAUGAACAAGAAGAAUUCGUAGAUCCUCAAAUCAGAAGCACCACCGCACGUUCACGACUAAGUCAACUGCUUGCCAACAGGCAAAGACAACCGCUAAGGACAACCACACAAAUACCGACAGAGACAGAUAACUCCAACUUUACAAAAACUGACUCGGACAAUGAGGAUGAUGAUAAGGAAGAAAACGAUGAAGAUAAUGAUGAUAGCUCCGCUGAGGUAUCGAACAGUAACCACACACUAAACCACAGCAAUACUCUGGGGGGAGGCACCACUAACCUUAACAAUCUUACUAACCGUAGCACCGCACUGAAUGUAGCUAGUCAACGUAGUAACAGCACCGUAGCCAAUUAUAUUAAUCGAUUCAAGUCAAACAGUUACACAACCAACAACAAACCAGUCACAGUCACAGCUAAUCUUAAGUCAGUUAGUCCAGAUAACGAUGAUGAUGAAGAUGAUAAUGCUAAUGAUAACGAUGAUGAUAACGAUGCUAGUCCAGAGAAUGAGGGCGGGGAGAAAUCGAGUGGGGCUGGUUUGAACGCCUUAGGUACUGAUGUUAAUUCCACACGACGCUUUCAGAAUCGUUAUCAAUUGAGCCGCACCAGAGGCAGCACCACCAACACCACCCCAACAAGCACAACAACACAACAACCCCCAACAACAACCACCGCCAGAAGACUGGCCUUUGGGGGCCGUCAGCGUGCCCAGGUAACUAAACUAGCCCUAGUCGAUGAGCAGACUGAAGAGACCGAGACUAAGGGGGAUGCCCACAAAGAUGAAGAAGAGAAGGAGGAGGAAGAAGACUCCAACGCAACCACAACGACAACCACCACCACCAGCAGACCAACACCGAAGCGCAUACGUGUGCUGAAGUUCCGCAGACCCUUGAAUAGCAAUAGCAAUAGUUCCACUGUAGACAGCUCCACUAAUAGCGCCACUGAAACUAACCCAGACACCACCACAGCCACACCAACAACAUUAGGCCAAAGCACCACCAGCAACAACAACAACACCACAAGCACCACAGGCAACAAGCGUUUCCGCAAGAUUGUGCGCAAGUUGAGGCCCGUGGACUCAAGUACCGCGUCUAGUGUGGAUAAUUCCGAAGAAACCACCCGUAAACCUUUCGUCCCCAGCCACACCAGAUUCGCUGAUCAGGAAAAUGAUCUAGUGAAUCUUCGCCAGCGGAUCAAGGAGCAGCAAGCACGAGGUGAGCCCCAGGAUGGAGUGAUCAGCAAUCGAUUCAAGACCCUGGGUCAAAAGGACGAUCAGGAUGUCUCGGAUUUGCAGAAGCUGAGGGACAAAGUGAAGGCCGAGCAGGCAAGGGGAGAGGGAGAACAGGGAGUGAUUAACGAUCGUCUGAAGAAGCUGCUGGCCGAGAAAGGCACCACCAGCACCACUAGCGCUCGCCAACGAGAGGAAGCUUCGACAGAUGAUGAGUCUUCAGCGGUUUCCUCGGCCAGACCGUUCUUUAAACGCAAACUGGUCGCCCGCAGACCCUAUACACCACCCUCGGCCAGCGGCGGUGGCACCACCAAGGCCCCUCUGGCGUUCAGCACCACCCGGCCCACGGCGAAAUUUGUGCGCAAGAAGAACGGUCGAUUCGAUCCCUUCAACUCGAGUGUCCGCAAUCGCGGCGAGGGCUUUGUAAGAAGUGAUCCCCGAGGCUCAAGACUGCCGGGAGCCGAUCGCUUCAAGUCCCAGGGAAACAAUGAGGACGAUGAGGAGAUUGAAGAACGCCAUGAACGACCACUGCAGAAUCAGUUUGGAUCCACAUUGCGCAGACCUUUCGUGCCAAAGACGCGACCAUUUUUAGAUAAAACCAAGCCGCAGCAGGAAGAUGAGGCAGAAGACAGCGAAGAGGAGGACGAAGAGGAGGAUUCUGAGGAGGAAGGAGAUGAAGAGGAGGAUGAAGAUGAAGAGGAGGAGAGGAAGGCCGCGGGUGAGGAGGAGAAGCCACAUGAGGAUAAUGGUCAAGACAAGCCCAAGUUCAAUUCCCCGUACAAGCCCAAGGAUAACCGAGUGUUGCCGGGCAGUCGUCCCACAUUUGGAGCCACCGGGAGUGGGUCACCACCCACGGCAUCUGGAAACGUACCCUUCAAUCCACGCAGCCGUCCAUCCAGCUCGGCCAAUGCGAACAGCACACCGGCCAACCGUUUUGGCACCACAAAGCGACCCCGAGUCGUCAACCGACCACCGGGUGUGGCCUCCCCGAACUUGACCUUGAAACCGGUGGCCAGCGACUAUGAGCGCACCACACCACUGACACCACUGAAACCGGCGCCAUUCAUACCCAGCAACAACAGGAGUUACGAGCGGAAGUACACGGGUCCAUCCACAGAGGCCACGGAGACGGCCAGCGAAAAUUCGCUAAUCGAAGAACUGAACAUCGAUGCACUGAAUGCGAGGAACAAGAAGAUCUUUGACAAGCACAGCAAGAAGCAUCCGGCCCUGAAGCCCAAGGUGGUCAAGAUAGAAUCCGAAUCGGAAACGGAGACGGGGGCGGAGGUGGAAACCGGAACGGAGGUGGCGGUGGAAGAGGAAACCACCGAGGAGCAGCAGCAGCUGGAGCAGGGCUUUGUGACCACCACACCCAGUACACCACCAUCACCACCACCACCAGCACCACCCAGCACACAGUCAGACACAGCCACCACCACAGACACGCCACCAGAAACUGAAACCGAAACUGAUAUAGAAACUGUAACCGAAACCGAAACAGCGACCAAUGCUAAUGAAGCCACUUCCAUCAAUUCACAGGAUCGAUCCCUCUCGAGCAGCACUCAAGCACCACCGCCGGCCACCACCUUGCUGCACGUGUUCACCCUGCUCGAGGGCGAUAGCCCCGAAGAGGAGCCGACGACCAGAAGGCCGAUCCAGGCCCGUCUCCAUCCCACCAUACAGACGGAGGUGGUGCCCAAGCACAAGCUGAUUGAGAUCAAUCGCAUUGUCGAGAUCAAUUCUAAGCAGGCCAAGGCUGCCCAGAGGAAAUCGAAGGCCAACCAGGACUUUGGCACACUGCGCGUGGAGUCCCUGCCCCACGUGGAGCAGCUGGGCGAGAUCAGUGUGGUCAAGUAUGUCCAUCUGGUGGAUGGCAGUGACAUUCAGAUAAACGAUGGGCACAGCACAGUGGCAGACUAUACGCCCACCGAGCCCACCUUUUCGGCGGCUCAGAGUCCUGUCUCCGCUCCGGUGAGGAAUUCUCUCCCGGAAACCGAAGGAGGCACCGACACCGAUCGUAAUGGCAAGUCUUUAGUCCCCGAAGUCCUAGCCGGCGCCUUGGAGACCUCGACCAUCUCGCUGGAGGGACUCUUCGAUUCGGCCCGCAAGGGCAAGCAACUGAGCAGCAAUAGCAUUAUCGCCGAAGCGGAGACGGAGGAGAGCACCACCGUUAGCAGUAGCAGCGCCUCGGCCACCGAACCCGGAGAGACCACCACACCGGCACCCACUUACGUAAGACCCAUUGUACCCCUCCUCCGACCCGAGUCCAAUGAGUCCUCGCCCCUGGUCAUUUCGAUAGCCAAUCUCGAUCAGGUGAUACUCAGCAAGGUGCAAAAGUCGCUGGCCGAGGGCAGCCACACCACAGUGUCGCCCGAAGCUGCCAGCGACUCGAACUCGGCCUUCUCCGUGCGCCAGCCGCUGGUGGUGCAGGCUCCCAUCGGCAGUGGUGCUCCAGAAACCAACACACUAACACUUAACACCCAAGAUCAAGCCGGCAAUGGUGCUAUUAGUGAGAGCGUUGAAUCAGUUAUACAAACAACAACCACUAGGCCAGUAGACGAUCAGGUGGCUGAAGAAACCACAAUCCUUAGCAUUGACACAGCCACAGAGCCACAGAUUAGUACACAGCCAACGCUUGCCGAAUCAGAAGCCAACAGUGGAACAUUAACGGCCAUGCCAAUUGGUGCUGUUAUUAUGGGUCAGCUCGGUCUAAACACACAAGUAACAACAACCACUUCAGACAAUGACAACCAACAAAGUAAUACUCAAACAACAAGCACAAUUAGCAGUGGUACAACAACCCCCGCUGACAACAACCUCCAAGAUAACACUCAAUCAACAAGCACAACAACCAGUGAGACUAGCAGCGGCGCUAUUAGUUCCGAAGCUAUUGGUGGCAACAACCACCACCUAAGCACGCAAACAACAACCACAAUUGGUGAGACUAUUGAUGGCCACCACCUCCUGAAUACACAGACAACAGUCACCAAAAACAGUCCAGAAAACACGCCAGCAAGCACAAUUGGCACAAGUGGUGGGGCUGUUGGUGGCAACAGCAACCUGAGCACACAGACAACAACCAUCAGUAGUAGCGCCAAUAGCACCACAAGUUUGGGCAGCAAAGUUAGCGAGGCAGUUAGCUUUAGUUCCGAGACGCAUGUGGUGCAUCGCAAGAAGAUGGGGCGCAAGGGGCGUGGCCGUCGCCUGCGCAACAAAUCGACGUCGACAACAACAACAACCACUGAGACGCCGACCACGGUGGAGGCGUCACUUGACGACACCACCACAGUGGUGCCGGAAUAGGUCACAAAAACAAAACCAGAAGCAUACAAAAAACCAGAGCAAAUCAGCGUAGUUAGUUAUUUCUAGUCUUAGCCCUUAUCCAGAGAAGAGAAUCUUCUGCGAGCUUAACCCUUUUGUUGCCAAAACCGUAGAUAAUUGGCUGCGUUGCUUCGGCUUAACAACAACCACGGCAUAAAACAAAUUAAGUAAACAUCCAUUUCGGCUGCUUAAAUACUCCUUCCAAAUUUCCAGUGCUGCUGCUUUUAAUUUGAAUAUUUCUACUAUACAUACUUUUUUUUGCUAUGUAAAUUAUUUAAACAAUUCGUAUUCUUCGAGCUGCCAUACCCAAACAACAACCACAAGAACACCCACACAUAUACAUCCACUCACACACAUUCGUUCACACAUGCAGAUGCGAAAAGUCUUUCCUUGGUUUGAAUAUAGUAUUUCUAGAAAUACGUAUAGAAUUCUAGACAAACAACGACCCUCAGUGGAUACAAUCUUGAUCAACUUGAAGUAACUCAUAAUGGCUUUCAGCAGGCGCAGUUCUCUCUUAAUUCUUUCUCCUUUCUAAUAUUUUUAUUUUUUUCACUCUUUCCCCUCUACCCGAAAUACUUUAAGUCUAGCUUUAGUUGUAAAAUAUUUAUGCACAACAAUAAAAUAAUGAACAAAAAGAAACAAACUAUACAUAUUAUUAUUGCCACAACAGAACACGAAAAACUCCCCCACCUUAACCCCUAAUCCUGAAAAGUGUAAAAUAGUACAUAUAGAAUUGGAAUAGUCUUGUA